UCUUCCCUUCAUCUUCUCCUCAUUUGCCCCUGGCAGCUCUUGUCACCAGGUCCUGUCAGUUCCACCCCAGUGCUCCCUGCAGCUCUUACCCAUUCUUGAUGGACGGAUUCAACAUUCUCUUUCCUGUUUCCCCACCACCGCUCCCCACUCUGGCCACAUUCUCUGCCAUACGGCCUCCUCAUAGGGCUUUCUCAUUCUUUCUUUCCUCUGCCCAUGUUGUUUUUAUUCCACAGAACGCUCUUUCUGUCCCUGACCUCUCAAGAGACCACAGCAUCCCUGGACCUCCUCUGUGCUUCUACUCGUCACCAGCGACAACUGUCUAGGAACAACCUGCCCUUCUGGUUCAAUUCUGCGUUUCCAGCGCCCAGCUCAAUGUCGAUCAGGCUCUCAGUAAAUACUUGCUGAAUUUAACAAACAAAACCUCAACUUUGAAUGAGCAAGGCCAAACAAAGACCUCCGCAGCUUUCCUGAUCAAAAUGAACAUUCCUUUCAGAUUAUGCAUCAGGUUUAAAUACCCCACUGGAAAACAAGACAAACAAACAAAAAAAAAGUCGAUCAAAAUUAACAAAGUAAGUACUUAUAUCCUGUCUGGGGUGGGUGGUUUAAUAGGGGCUCAAAGCAGGCGACGGGACAGGAAUGAGAGGAUGGAUGCUGGCAAGAGCUCGGAGAUCUGCUUUCAAAUCUGGACUCGUCCCAGCAGGGGGAAAGGCUAGAGCGCCGGGACAGGGUGGAGACGGCCGGCCGACCCGGGACCUUCCGGGGCCCUGGAGAGGGUCUGAAGCGCGCGGAGGCAGGCAUGAAUUGAGGAGCAUAAACUAACUUGGCGUGGAGGGAGGCGCCGCACGCCGCCACCGUUCAGAGCCUGAGAAGCCAAUUGGGGUCAACCAAGUUUCAGAACCUCUACUGCUUGGCACCAGAAUCACCAGGGAUGAACUGUAUUUGCCAGAUGAUCCUCUGUUCCUGACAGCACAUCCCUCCCCAGAAGAGAAGAGAGGGAGGCGCCGCCUUGAUCGGGCUCAAGCAUUUCCAGGAGGCUUCCUCUGGAUGCCACGUCGAGGCCGCCCUUCUGCCGCCGUAGCACAGAGCUGCUGAUUACCGAGUGCGUGGACAUGGCUUUGCUCAGCAACAUCCUAGCGGCCUAUUCCUUUGUCUCAGAAAAUCCCGAGCGAGCAGCUCUGUACUUUGUCUCGGGCGUGUGCAUCGGGCUGGUGCUCACCCUGGCUGCCUUGGUGAUGAGGAUCUCUUGCCACACGGACUGCCGGCAGCGUCCCCGGAAGAAGUUCCUGCAGGACCGAGAGAGCAGCAGCGACAGCAGCGACAGCGAGGAUGGCAGCUCGGACACGGCGUCUGACAUCUCGGUCAGAAGACACCGCCGCUUUGAAAGGACUUUGAACAAGAACGUGUUCACCUCGGCGGAGGAGCUGGAGCGCGCGCAGCGGCUGGAGGAGCGGGAGCGCAUCAUCCGGGAGAUCUGGAUGAAUGGCCAGCCCGAGGUUCCGGGGACCAGGAGCUUGAACCGCUACUAUUAGUGGUGGGAGCCGAAGCCCGCGCGGGGCAGGAAGCCGCCGGCGAGGGCCAGAGUCCGCAGGGAGGGUGGGCACAGAGCCGAACGCAGUUCUGCUGAAGUGCUGGGGGCAGAGAUAAGCAGGACAUGCCCGUUUUCUAGCCAGGAGACCUCAGCUUUCCUUUUCGACUAAAUUAACGGAGAAGUAGAAAAACCAAGCCUGUUUAUCAACCUUUCCAGGUCGUGGAAUGGUGCUGAAAAACCCUCUCCAGAAAUGUGGAUGGAGAUAAGAGAAACAGGACUGUGGUUUCUCUUGAUUUCUGAGGAUCUCAGAAGUUUCUGCAGACUUCAGUGCUAUGUGUUAUUCCUUUAUAAAAGGAAGAUUAUCAUGGCAUGAAGGCUAGGAAAAGCAGGGUGAACUUAACCCAGUAAAUGCAAUUUUUAAAAUGACCCCAUGCUAUGGAGGUGGUACUCAUCCAGAUAGCAUGAUUUAUGAUUAUUAUUUAAGGCUGAUUUUUAAAUCUUGUGUUGCAGUGGCAACCUUGUCCAUUUUAACUGGCACCUCAGGGAUUAAAAUCCUAUUUUUUAGUAUAGUUCCCACCUCAUUCAUGAAAAUGGGUAGAAUUAAUGUAUUAUGGAAGAUGUGUCAGUGUGCUAGAAAAUAUCAAUAACCUCAAAGGAUGAAGGGUUUUAUUUUAAAUAGUUUAUAAAAUAUAUAUUAACGUGCAUAUUUGAAGAUGCUGCAUAAGAAGAGCUGUGUUUUCCCUCAUUUGGAGAGAAGAAAUUUUGUUAUGACUCUAGAUGAUGAUGAUUUUAAACAUUUUGUUAAGAAAAAAAAACAAGUUUGGAUUUCCAAGAAAAGAAUGAGAGUGGGAGAUGAGGAAUAAAGCCAAAAUUAGGAUGAGAUUAAAAAAAUAAAUAAAUGUUACAUAAAGUC